AGGCUCGGGGUGGCAGCGGGCACCCAGGCCUGUCCCGGCUGUCCCGGGGGAGCCGGGCAGUGCCCGGCUGCAGCCCCGCGUCCCUCUCAGCAGCAGCUCUCAUUUCUCUCUCUCUUUUUCCCCUUCCCCAGGCCAGCAAUUCAGGGCCAGGCCCCCAGCAAUGCUGUAAAGACCGCAGCUGGUGGGGAGGCAUUGGAGAAGCCAGCGUUUGAGGGGAACUGCCCAGGACGAGCUUAUUCCAUGUCGGAGCAGCAUCGGCACCCCUGCCCCGUGCCGCCCACUCCCCCGCGCCCCGGCCAGCCCAGGAGAGAAGGACGGCUCGCCAAGAGCAGCUUAAGCAAAGGAAAAGGUGACCACGAUGCUGCACCAUGGGAAGAACUGGAAGUCCAUGUGCAAGGGGCUUGUCCUGGGGACCCUCCUGACCAGCUUCAUGCUGCUGCUCUACUCCUACGCUGUCCCCCCGUUGCAAGUCAGCAUGACAGAGGUCCCUGUCCCCUCCUCCUGCUCCUCCUACCCAGCCCCUGGCAAGGCACCAGCAGCAGCCAACAGCACAGGCAGCCCCUCGGGACGAAGCUGCCUGCCCAAACUGAACAUCAUGUUCAUGAAGACACACAAGACAGCCAGCAGCACCAUCCUCAACAUCCUUUUCCGCUUCGGGGAGAAGCAUCAUUUGAAAUUCGCCUUCCCCAAUGGCCGCAACGACUUCUACUACCCCUCCUUCUUUGAGCGCAGCCAGGUGCAGCACUACCAGCCAGGCGCAUGCUUCAACAUCAUCUGCAACCACAUGCGCUUCCACUACGAGGAGGUGCGCAGGCUCCUGCCAGCGGACACCACCUUCAUGACGGUGCUGCGGGACCCUGCCUACCUCUUCGAGUCCUCUUUCCACUACUUUGGGCGCGUCAUCCCCCUCACUUGGAAGUUGACAGGGGAGGACAAGCUGGCGGAGUUCCUCCGGGACCCCUGGCGCUACUACGACCCCAAUGGGUUCAAUGCUCACUACCUCCAAAACCUCCUUUUCUUUGACUUGGGCUACGACAACAACAUGAAUGCCGACAGCCCGCUGGUGGAGGAGCACAUCCAGGAGAUAGAUCGCCGUUUUCACCUCGUCAUGUUGCUCGAGUACUUUGACGAGUCCCUGGUGCUGCUGAAGGACUUGCUGUGCUGGCAGCUGGAGGAUGUCCUCUACUUCAAGCUCAAUGCCCGGAAGGGCUCCACUAUCUCCCGUCUGACACCUGAGCUCUAUGAGAAGGCCACCUCCUGGAACCUCAUUGAUGCUAAGCUCUACCGCUAUUUUAAUGCCACCUUCUGGCGUAAGGUGGAGGCCUACGGGAGGGAGCGGAUGGCCAAGGAUGUGGCUGAGCUGCAGCAGGAGAAUGAGAAGAUGAAGAGCAUCUGCAUCGAUGGGGGACACGCCGUGGAUGCCAGUGCCAUCCAAGAGUCCUCCAUGCAACCCUGGCAGCCGCUGGGGGAGAAGUCCAUCCUGGGCUACAACUUGAAGAAGAAGAUCAACAAGAAGCACCAGAAGCUGUGCCGCAAGAUGCUGACGCCCGAAAUCCAGUACCUGACUGACCUGGGGGUCAAUCUCUGGAUCACCAAGCUGUGGAGCCACGUGCGGGACUUCUUGAAGUGGUAGGGGAUGGCAGGCACGCCGCUCCCCCCAGGGACAAACCAGGUGCUUUCCUCUUUCUUACUCAUGGUGUCUUUUGGUUGGACAUGAGCAGAACCAGCUGGAGGCUCCAGCACCCGGGAAUGCCAAGAAGGACCCUUCCUGUCAAGCCUCAACUUGGGCAGGAGCCUGCGGGGAGGAUGCUGUCAGACACCAGGAGGGAGAUGCCUGCCUCUGAGAGGUCAUGGAUUGAGGGUUUGGGGAGGGGGGCAUUCCAGCAGGAUCCACUCCUUCCUUCCCUGCGGAAAGGCCGGAGGAGGUAUUUGUGAAGGAUAUGGCUUCAUCGUUGUGAGAGCAGGAUAUCCGUCACCACAUCGCCAGAGGCACGCAGUGGGUCGGGCAGUGUGGGGAGGGACAUGCCCAGCCAGUGGUGGCAGGGGGUUCUCCUUGCCCAGGGUGGGCAGAGCUGCUGGCAGGGAACCUGAACCCCAAGGGGCUCCUCAAAUCGCCCCAUUCCCCUCGAGCCCUGGUUUUGGGGCCUGCUGUACCACUCCACUAGGUCUCAGCCCAUGGGUGUCAUGAACACAGCAUGUUCUCAGCCUUCCAUCAAUCCAUAUCAGGCCAUGACCAGGAGCCAGUCAAAAGGUGCAGCAGCAGCCACGUUUGGGUUUGGAGAAUGGAAAAACCACCCCGAAAGCACCAGCAUUUAUCAACAGGCUUGUGAUCCCUGUGGGCAAAGGGUGUCUGUGCAGCAGAUCCCCUCCCAGCCCCCCGCUGUCCUGGUUAGAGGGCCCCGUGGCCCUGAUCCCUUCAGGGGACAUCCCGGGAGGCCCACGGGGUCUGGUGAGAACUGGUGUGGGGAGCAGGGUCCAGCGGCUGCCAUCCCAGUGAUGCCAUCCCAUGGGCAUGGGGGGCAUGCCGAGGAUGGGGUCUGUCCCCACCCCAUGGGGGGAACAGCCUUCAGGCGUCCUGGCCGGGCUGGAUGACACCGGCAAUGCCAUGUCCUGCCACGAGUGGCCCUGGCCGGGCGUGAAGGUGGCACUCGCAGCUGAGCCUCCCCCAUGGCAGAGGGACCCCUGGCAGCCCCCCAGCCCAUGUUCUGCUCCCUUUGUAAAGACCAGAAAUAAAAAAGCAACUAUAC